AUGUUCAUUGCCUGCAGUUCUGGGUCUAUUCCCUAUGAGGAUGCUCAAGAUAUUUCAUCAGGGUAUCAUGGUAACAGACCUGUGACGAUAGAUUUGAAUGCUCCAAUUUCUGAAUUGCCACAGCAAAUGAUAAAUUUGAAUGAAACAUAUAGUGACGAUUCUGGAGGCUUGGAAAGAGAUAGGGAAUUUGGAUCGGAACGUGAACCUUCACAUUUCAAGCUAUUUGGCAGAAGGGUGCUAGUGACACCUGGUGGACUUUCUUGGGACCAACAUCAGCAAACAGACGACCUGUUUACUCUUGGUGAUGAAAAUUAUAUCCAAGAAAUAAAUUCUGCUCAAGUUACUUUUCCUUGGAACUGGAACUUCUUUGGGUCCUCAAGUAGCUAUUCAAACGAUAAUCCUAUAAACAAUGAGCACCUUAGAUUUGGAAACAGAAUUAAUGGGGGAAUUGCUGUGCAAGAAACUUCAAGCAUAGCAAGUCACAUGGAGGGGAGUUCCAGAGAUAUCUAUGUUAGAAGAACAGAAAAUCAUGUGGAUAAUAUACCAACAAGCUUAAAUCUUUCUGAUGUUUCUGCUGCACAUUAUCCAGUCUCAUCCUAUGGGAUGUCUUGGUUAACAAUUGAUUAUGUUGAGGCUGCUCUUAGGAACCUGCAAUGUCCUGCUUUACCUAUUCAUAGGAUGGAGGAAUAUGGAGAUGGUUUUCCGAACGUCAACGAUGAGUCCAUCAGGUCGAGAGGCAACGAUCAUGCAUUUCAUUUUCGUGAUGACAUGGUUCAUGCAAGCGAGGGUAUGGCCUCGACAGAGGUGCUAGAAACGACUACAGAAAAUUUUGUGGAAAGAGGUCACACAAAUAGUGAGAGUUUUGAAGUCUAUAUUCCGCCAUUUUUCCUUGAGACACAGGAAACUUUCACUGCGAGAGAGAACCUAAUCACUGAGGAGGAAGAUGUAUAUGCAGAGAUAGAUAUGGAUCUUGAUGCAACUGAGCAUCGUUCACAGGAGGAAGAAGCAAGAGAUGAGGUUGUGCGUGUAAAUGUUGAUAAUUCAACAUUCGAAGAGGAUCAUUACGAGGAAGAAGAUUAUGACAUGAAUGAAGAUAUGGAGCUUGAUGUAGAUGAUAUGUCUUAUGAGGAAUUAUUGGCCCUCGAAGAGCAAAUUGGAAAUGUUAGCACUGGAUUAAGCGAGGCGGAAAUUUUCUGGCGCAUAAAAUGGUACCGGCACAUUACUUUCCUAUCAUCUUCUCCAGAAGAGGAGGACAUCUGUGGUAUAUGUUUGGAUGAAUACGUCGAGGGUCAGGAUAUCGGGGAACUGGACUGUUGCCACAAAUUUCACCAUGACUGCAUCAAGAAGUGGCUCAUGCAGAAAAAUACCUGCCCCAUGUGUCUAUCUGGAUAUGUCACACCAUAUAUUAGUGUUAUUCUCGUGUUUCUUAAAGCUGCCUGCCAGAGAAAAAUCUGCUUAGGAGGUCAUCUGCCGGUUGCUGCUUCUUCUGUAGCUGCAGUGGAAAGUAAAAAGAGAGGAAGUUCAGUUAUCAGCUACCUCAAGUUCUCAAUUUCUGCAUCUCGUGUUGUGGUUCUAGAGAAUUUGAAAGAUAUGGAAUUUGGAAUUUCCAAAAAUGACUCCUCUUUGCGACAAGUGACAACAGCAUCGCUGCGCAGCGAGGCGAUGUUGCUGUUGGCCGAAGUAGCGCAGCAUCGGAGUCCUGUUGUGCGACUGGUGCCUUGCUGCGUGCAGCGAGGCGGCGUUGCUGUAGUCUAA